AUGAUUGCAGAACUACAAGAACAAGCAACACUUAUCAAGUUUAUUUUAGAAAGAAAGAAACAAAAUUAUAGAGCAAAGUUCUGUAUAAAUAGCUCCAACAAGUUCCAGCAGACAAAUAAAAAGAAUAAGAACUGGGUGAAGACUAGAGUCAUAAAGCUCAUGCAAGACCCAGAUGAAACAUUAAAAAGACAAGGUGGUAACUUAAUAAAAAAGACAAGCAGAUGCAAGCAAGCUGCACUAUUGAACUGA